GGAGGGGGGUCACAGGGGGACACAGCUCAACACACAGGGAAGCAAAUGGAAGAUAUCUAUCUUGUCCUCCCAACGUAUCUUUGAUGUGUCCUCCCAGGAGCGGAAGUGUCUGGGAUUCCGCUCAAUCCAUCGCUCUUAACCAGGCGUGUGCAUAGGGAGACGGAGCGUUUGCAUCUCUUCCCAACAGAGGGGGACCCUUUCAGCGUCGCUGUGCACCAUUUAUUAAGGCUUUACCAGCUCGGGACAUGUUCUUUGAGCGUCAUGUUUUAUUAUAGGUCUGCGCAAUAGCCGCGUACGCCUGCCUGGACACGGGAGGGGAUUAAGUUACUGCUGCUGGCGGCGGAUUAUUUUAUUGGCCUCUUGUCACGCCUGCCACCAGCCUUUGGUGAUCCUGUUUCCAAUUAAGAAGAAUCGCUGAAGAGAAAAAAAGAACAGGGAUGUCUUUCCGUAGAGGCGUGGUCCGGCAAAGUAAAUUCCGCCAUGUUUUCGCUCAGGCCUGGAAGGCUGAGCAGUGCCUCGACGACGUCAGAGUGUCCCGGGUGACGUGGGACGGCCCCCUCUGCGCGGUCAACCCCAAGUUUAUUGCGGUCAUCAUCGAAGCGGGCGGAGGAGGGGCCUUCCUCGUUGUUCCGAUCAGCAAGAGCGGCAGAAUUGACCAGUCUUGCCCCACAGUCUGCGGACACGCGGCGCCCGUGUUGGACGUCCAGUGGUGUCCUCAUGAUGACAACAUCAUUGCAAGUGCCUCAGAGGACUGCACAGUGAAGGUGUGGCAGAUUCCCGAUGGUGGGUUGACCACCCCGAUGACUGAUGCCAUUGUCACCCUGGAGGGCCACAGUAAAAGAGUGGGAAUCCUGGCUUGGCACCCGUGUGCCUUCAACAUCCUAUUAACUGCAGGCUGCGAUAAUGUGGUUUGUGUGUGGAAUGUGGGCACGGGUGAGCUUGUGUACCAGCUCCUUGACGCCCACCCGGACCUGAUCUACAGUGUCAACUGGAACAAGGAUGGCAGCGCCGUAUGUACUGUGUGCAAGGACAAGGCCCUGCGCAUCAUCGACCCACGCAGGGGCGCUGUGCUGAAGGUUAGAGAGAAGGUCCAUGAUGGUACGAGGCCCAUGAGAGCUGUGUUCCUCACUGACGGAAAAAUCCUGACCACAGGCUUCAGCCGUAUGAGCGAAAGGCAGCUCGCUUUGUGGGACACAAAAGAUCUCUCUGAGCCAAUGGCUGUGCAAGAAAUGGAUACAAGUAAUGGAGUUCUUCUUCCCUUUUAUGACCCUGACACAAACAUGGUCUACCUCUGUGGAAAGGGGGACUGCACCAUUCGGUAUUUUGAAGUGACAGACGAGUCGCCGUAUGUUCACUUCCUCAGUUUAUACAGCAGCAAGGAGCCUCAGAGAGGCGCAGGAUUUCUUUGUAAAAGAGGUGUAGAUGUCAACAAGUGUGAAAUUGCCAGGUUCUAUAAGCUGCAUGAAAGGAAAGUGGAACCCAUUUCUAUGACUGUACCACGCAAAUCAGAUCUUUUCCAGGGGGACCUUUACCCAGACACUGCAGGCCCGGAGCCGGCUCUGCUGUCAGACGAAUGGAUCGCAGGGCAGGACGCACCGCCUCUGCUCGUCUCUCUGAGCAGAGGGUACGCGGCCCCUCCAUCUAAGCACAGAGACACCCUCAGAAGCAAGCCCAAGCUAAGCUCUCAGGAUUCUGGAGCUGAGGUUGCCACAGUAACAGUAACAACAGCAGCCCCUUCCACAACUACACCUACCUCUGCCACCAAGGAAGAGGAAGAAGAGACGCCGCUGCCACGAGUGACCACAAGGGAGACAGAUGGAAAUACUGAGAGGCCAAGGAGAGAGGAUGAAUUGCUGAGUGAAUUGUUAGCAGAGAUGAAGGCCUUACGGGCCGUCGUCCUCGCUCAGAACCAGCGGAUUGAACUGCUGGAAAGGCAGUUAGCCCGGAUUGAAGAUGGUGACGUGUGAAGAGGCAAGAAAUUGACUACAAUCGGGCAGUAUUCCUGAAGAAACUAUAGACUGUAGCCUCACUAGUCUUAACAAUACCUUAAAGCUUUGUGAGUGUAAAGAUUGUGUGUGAAUACUGUGAAUCAUUGUGGCUUCCAGCUGCUAUGAUUAAGACUACAUUUUCCAGAUGAUUUUUUUGGUAAAUAGGGUGUCAUAAGCAUAGAGUGAAAUUUGUAGCAAAACUAAAGAAUUGUAUCACAAUUAUUAGAUGGUAAAACCUUGAGCAUUUUAAAAUUAAUGGUUAAAUUCUGCGAGAUGGGAGCAGUUACAGUAAACCGACUUCCUUAAAUUAAUCCAAAAGGUAAUAAUAAUCAUACUGUGGAACUUUGCUAAGGGUUCUCAUUUUAUAGCAAUGCAAUUAAUUACCUCCAAUAUGUUUUUCCUGUCUCAGAUAUUCAUAGUCACCUCUAGGGCUUAUUAUUCAGGUAGUUUAAGCUGCAAAACUAUCAAGUCAUGGGCUAACUUUUUCCAUGACUUGUGCUUUGUUUUCCCUCUUCUUUAUAGUUUGCGUCGUUCAAAUGUAUGAACCUAAAAUCUCAAUAUAAAACAGUGAGAACCAUGUGAGUGAUAGGUGGCGGGAAUGUUGUUGAAUAUUUAUGUGCAGUUUCAUUCUGUGUUGUUGCUCCCGUAAACAAAAAAAGGUCAAGCUCUAGUGAUUUAGUGUGUUAAACAAGAACAGAGGGUGUGUUUAAUGGGUCACUAUGCAGUAAAGCAUUUGACUGAUAUCAUACAUAUGCAUUUUUAAUUGUUUCAGCAUCAAGAAACGGGAAAUUAACAUAAAACGUAACAUUUGCCUACAAUUACAGCAGAAAAUAUGUCUGUUCAAAUAUGUAAAGCACUUUUCGUUUCAUUUCUUUCCUUUUAAUUGUACGUUUUUGAAUGUUCUUUAUUUAGAGGUGUUAAUUGUGUAAUUUAUGUAGCAGCCAGUUGUAGGAAAACGAUGUUAAAUUCCAGUUUAGCCCUUUAAUACAUUAAUUCCAUAUGCACUGACCUCUUGACACUGAUAUGAACAACAGGUUAACUAGACUACAGUGUACUGACUGACUAAACGUUUCAUAUUUUGUACGAAAAAGCCUUUGGUUUACACUAAUGUUCCCUUCAUGUUUAAGUGUUUCUGAUCAGUUAUAGUUCUGAUUACACUUCAAUACUGUGUUUGAGUGUGUUUUUUGUUAAAUAGAUAAUGAAUGGACUUUGUUUUUAAUCCAACUUGUAAUUCUUAAUAAAAUAUCCCAUACCUAA